AUGUAUUUCCCAACAUCCUCCAUGCUGCAUAUAUGGGAGGCUAUCUCAGGCCAAUUUCCCGUCAGCUCCCUGUCACCACAAACCCCGCAACUUCCUCCACACCACUCAAUAUGGGACCAUAUUGUUCCAUCGGCGAAUCUUCAGUUUCAUCCUUGCUAUGAUACCUUUGAAUGCGCGCGUCUUGCUGUCCCAUUGAACUGGAACAAUGCAUCUGACUCAGAAGUUGCCGUCGCACUAGUCAAGAUUCCCGCAAAAGUGGACGUGAGCGACCCGCGUUACGGCGGCUCAGUUCUGAUCAACCCAGGUAUUUAUUAUGCCCGAAUUCUCCAUAACGGAUGGCAUGGCAAUUCUAAAUCCGGCUUUUCAGGUGGUCCAGGAGGCUCGGGCGUUAACCUUGCCCGUCUUCAUGGCAAAAAUAUCCAAACAAUCAUUGAUUCUCCGCUCAGCCCCGAUGACCCCGAAUCGAAGUCAGAGAAGUUUUUCGACAUUGUGGCUUUUGACCCAAGGGGUGUCGGCUUUACUACCCCACCAUUCACAUGCUUUGCCGAUUCCCAACAGAGGCUCUUAUGGCAAAUAGCUUCCGCCACCGAUGGCUUACCCGGCAGCUCGAAUAUGGCCUUUAGUCGUACAUGGGCGAGAAAAAAAGCCCUUGCUGAUGUGUGCGAUAAAGUCGGGGAUGAAAGGAUCAGUACACAAAUGAAUACUCCGGUUGUUGCCAUGGACUUGGCUGCGAUUGUCGAAGCCCUUGCGGUGUGGACGGAAGAGAGGACCGGGAAUUGCCAUCAUGAAUCAAAUAAGUUGCAAUAUUGGGGAUUUUCAUAUGGAACUCUCUUGGGUGAAACAUUUGCAAGCAUGUAUCCACACCUUGUGGGCCGUCUAGUGCUUGAUGGCGUUGUUGAUAGUGAUCUUCACUAUGCCGGUACUUUUGACAGAGACAUUUACGACGCAGAUGCUGUCAUGGAGCGGUUCAGCGUCUAUUGCCAUCGAGCAGGGCCCCUUAAAUGUCCAUUGUUCUCUGAAAAGGGUCCUGAGUAUAUCCAAUCCUCGCUUGACACUAUGGUUGCAUACUCCAAAAAUACAACCAAAUCCGUGGUCUCUGCACAUGGACCGGAGAUUGUAACCUAUAAUGACAUCCAGAGGAUCAUCCGAGAUUCAUUAUAUCAGCCAUUCAAGGAAUUUGAGGGUCUUGCCCACGCUUUAUACAACCUAGCUAAUGGAGACGGGAGUAUUAUUGCUAAUCGAAAGCAAAGCUCAUCUCUUUUCUUUGAGCCCACUGAUUAUGCAGAAGAGACGGUUGGAGCUAUAUCUUGCACCGACGGUCUUGACCAGACUAAUAUGACAAAAGAGGAUGCGAGGAAGAUGAGCCAGAGAUUUCCUGGGUCGGGUCUCAUCGAACAAGUCUCAGAAGGUCACCUAUCACUUUCGACACCGUCCCCUUGCACCGCAAAAGCAGUUCGAGCCUAUUUCCAAAAUGGCACACUUCCAGCCCACGGGACGCUGUGCCAGGUCUACGAUAGACCAUUUGGUCUUCCAGGCGAGAGGGAAAAACCGUUACAGAAAGGCGACGAUGAACUGCUCAAAGCUUUGAGGUCUAUAGCGGGCCAAAUGUGGUGA